AUGAUUCGUGCCGAUCAUGUUUCCUGCCGUGAAUUCAUCCUGCAGCUGAACAAACAAGCAUCACGUUGCAACUAUGGUGAUCGCCUGGAAGAACAAAUGUAUGACCGCUUGGUGGCAGGCAUCAAUAAUCUGAUUCUUCAACGAAAGCUGCUGGAGUUGCUGAACUGGCAACUUGCCAGUCCAUUUGAGUGUGAUUCGUGUUAG